ACGGAGGACAUCGGACGGUCACGGAGCCGUGCUGGCCGGGAGGGGCGCGGAUCGCGGAUCGCAUCUCCCCGGGGCUGGGAUGCUCUCAGGCCCGUGCCCAUCUCUGCCCACAUCGCGGCUCCGGCAGGGWGUGCCAGGCCUGGGUUGGUUUUGAAUCAGGAUUUAGCUGCUCUCGCCCGCUGUGAGGAUGGACAGUGAGGUGCAGAGAGAUGGCAGGAUCCUGGAUCUGAUCGAUGAUGCAUGGAGAGAAGAUAAAUUGCCCUACGAGGAUGUGGCUAUCCCUCUGAAUGAGCUCCCUGAACCAGAGCAAGACAACGGUGGCACCACCGAGUCUGUGAAAGAGCAAGAAAUGAAGUGGACAGAUUUGGCUCUCCAGUAUCUCCAUGAAAAUGUUCCACCCACGGGAAAUUAGUGAAUCAGUGAGAUUUUAUACAGCACAUGCAUGAAUGCAAYAUAAAAAAUAUUUCKGCUUACCAUUGCUGUCAYAAGCUGCCCUAAGGAAGAAACAACAUUUCUGAAACUCUCGAAUUCCAACAGUGGUUCUGCUCACAGUGACCAGUUUAAAAUGCCUCUCUCUUGAGUAUGAAAUAGCAGAGGUUCUGACAUCUCAGAGCCAAAUGCAGAAUGYUUCAUGCUUAUAAGAUUAUUUAGUGUUUUCUGUUAAACUGUUCUUAAGUUGGUGCUAAUUCUGAUCUUAAAUGUUUUCUACAUGU